UCUUUGGACAUCAGUACAGCGGAGGGAGAUACUUAUUCAGUUAACGUUGAGUCGGAGGGAGACGAAGGGAAGGACGUCGUUCAUUCAACCAUGAACGGGAAUGAUUCCCAGACAGUGGUCACGGAUCAUAACUUGAAUAUACGUGUGGUGAUUCCCGAUUCGGAAAGCGAAGAUUGUCACUUCUUGGAACUUGCCGAAGAAGAAAAAACAGAACAGACACUAGAGGAGGAGGAUGCAGAAAGUGUAGAAACGUCCGAGGGAUCUGCGGUGAUGGAAAAUGCCAACUCCACAGACGAGAAGGCGUGUUUAUAUGACGAUGACGAACCUGUUAUGACAGAUGAAGUGAAGACUACUGUGGAGUCCUGGUGUGGCGCCCGUAAGAUACGUCAUUUGACCCGGAAGGCCGAGUGUCAGGAUGUCCCCCAGGACGGAAGUCAACAAGCUGAGGACUUAGAAGAGACCGAAUCAGGAACGCUCGUCCGCAGAAAGAGGUCUUGGUUUUGGGGAAGAUGCCCCUAUCGCUGUUUACUAUGUCUGUAGAGUAGUGAGGAGAUGCUGGUAUAGACGAUCAUGUUUCUUGUUCUUCUGUCGGCGGAAGAGAUAUUGCGUCACCACUUGGCAUUGCUACCCCAAAUGUGGAAGAUAUUGCUGAGUCAAAAUUUUAAUCCUUGUAAGAAUGAGAUAAAUAAGGAUACAAAUGAGUGAUUCAGUUAUUUGAACAUGUCAUCUACUACAAAAAUAUUAUCUAAACAUAAUGAACAUCUGAUCAAUAUCAAUGUAAGCCUAUAUUUGUUAAUUAAGCUUCAAUGUCAAGGAAUACGCCUUCGAAGUUUAUCUUUUCUAGCUGUACUAGAGAAAUGAACAGCUAAUUAUUACUUUAUUUUAUGCUGAGAGUUGUAUGUCAUUGAAAUAAAUGCUUUGACCUCUAUGACUUACCAAUUGAUAACAGAUUUGUGUAUAUCUUAUCAAUAUUUCUAUAAUUGAUGAACUUCCAAAGGUUCUUUCUCUAAACGUGCAUUGUGAUUAGAUUUAGGUUUUAUAAACAUAUAGAAUAAACUUCGAAGAAUAAAAUUUACAUUUGAAUGUUUGAGCUCAUGUCACCAUGGUCAAGAUUCCAAAUAACGGUUCAAUGCACUAAAUAAUGGUAACACAUAUAUAGCUAUCAUUCUUAAUGUUAUUAAAAGUGUUCAACAUAAAUUGACAUUAACAUUUAAUUGCUUUAGUCCA